CUUUUUCGUAUCUCUCCACAACGUCUACCUCGCAAGAACCCGCUCUCGGUGCACCAAUCGCCCCAUAUAUCUCUGCAUAUCCUCCAUUCGACAGGAAGAACCAAGCAGGAAGAAGGGACAGACAUGUUUAGCGCGGAGAUUGCAAAGAUCCGGAAAUUGGGUGUGCAAGGGGCCCUGUUCCAAGCCCUCACACUCCUCAAUGUCGUUGCCUCGGGGUUGAUGAUGUGGAAGUCUUUGUGUCUGUUUACGAAUUCGGAGAGUCCUAUCGUCGUGGUAUUAUCGGGAUCAAUGGAACCUGCAUUCUACCGUGGCGAUAUCUUGUUUCUGACCAAUCCCGAGGACGUGCCGUAUGAAGUAGGGGAUAUCACUGUCUACAAAAUACCAGGAGCAGACAUCCCCAUCGUCCACCGCGUUAUCGAAUCACAUUCCACCAACACCACCCAACGCCUGCUCACCAAAGGCGACAACAAUCCAUCAGACGAUAUCGUGCUCUACAAUGGAGCAGAGUGGAUUGAGAGGGAGCAGAUCGUAGGGAAGGUGAGGGGGUUCUUGCCGUAUGUGGGGUAUGUGACUAUUGCUAUGAACGAUUUCCCGCAACUAAAGUACGCCGUCCUCGCCAUCGUCGGCGGGUUCGUCCUUGUUCAGGGAGAAUAGAAAGCCCUCUUCAGUAGGGUACAAGAUGAGGAAAGUCGACAUGUAAAUAUGAUAUCAUGAAUAUGGGCAUUGUGCAUCAC